GCUUCGGCCAUCUCCUCCUCCCGUUUCUUCUCCCACGAAAACCUGGCAGCCGCCGCCGAACUCGAAGCAGCAGCCAUGGUGCUCGCGCGCAAAAAGUUGAAGCUGAAGCUCCACACGCUCCUCCCAGCCGGCAAAGCCGCGGAGGAGGAGCAUGGAGAGGAUGUGGAGGCCGUAAAGGAGAGGCUCGCAUCCUCCAAGCGGCUGCGCCCCAAGCGGGAGCGGAGGCCCAAGAAGAAGCUGUCGCUCCCCGAGGUGGUGCGGCAGACGGAGGAGGAGAUAAGGGAGGAGGUGGAGCGGAGGAGGGAGGAGAGGAGGAAGGAGAAGAAGGAGAAAAGGAGGAUCAGGAGGUUGAUGGAGGCCGAGGCCGCGGAGCCGGAAACGCAGCAGGUGGAGGGGGAGAUAGGGGAGGCCGAUUCUGCUGCCGGGUCUGAGUCUGACCAGCCGGUCGAGGCAAAGGAUAGCGACCAAAAUAUAAACAAGUUGGAAGUGACCAACCCCGCUGUUGGGUCCAACAAUAACAUUGUUCCAGACAAUAGGCAGCAGAAUCACAAAAUGCAGUUGGCCAAAACUGUUGUCGUGUCUGACAAUCAUGUAGUCGCAGAGCAUAGGGAGCAAAGCAUAAAGAAGGUGUAUGUUGGUGGCAUCCCAUACUAUUCAUCUGAGGAUGACAUAAGAAGUUUCUUUGAAGCAUGUGGUAGUAUCACAAUGAUUGACUGCAUGAAUUUUCCCGAAAGCGGGAAAUUCAGGGGUAUUGCGAUUCUAACUUUCAAGACUGAUGCUGCCGCACAGAGGGCAUUAGCUAUGGAUGGUGCAGAUAUGGGAGGAUUUUAUUUGAAAAUUCAGCCUUACAAACAUAACCGUGAGAAGGAAGAUUUUGCACCAAAGUUGAUAGAGGGGUAUAAUAGGAUAUAUGUUGGAAAUCUGCCAUGGGAUAUAACAGAUGAUGAUCUAAAAAAGUUCUUCUCCGAGUGCAAAAUUUCAUCCAUCCGGUUUGGGACAGACAAGGAGACAGGUGGUUUCAAAGGCUACGCGCAUGUUGAUUUUUCUGACAGCGCGUCUCUUGCUGCUGCUUUGAAGCUCGACCAGAAGGUGAUCAAGGAACGCCCAGUCAGAAUCAGAUGUGCUGUUCCAAAAAAGGAUAACCAAAAAGUCAAUGACAAUGGGAACUCAGAUCAUCUGAAAAGUAAAACUAGGACAUGCUAUGAAUGCGGAACCCCUGGGCACUUUUCUUCUUCUUGCCCUAAUAAGAAGGAUUCUGAAGCAAGGAAGUGCUAUGAAUGUGGCACCCCGGGGCACCUCUCUUCUGCUUGCCCAAAUAAGAAGGAUUCUGAAGUAAGAAAGUGCUAUGAAUGUGGCACCGCUGGGCACCUGUCCUCUGCUUGCCCAAAUAAGAAGGAUUCUGAUGAAAAGGAGGAUAAUUCUAACUCCACCAUAGCAGCCUCAAAGAAGAGGCGAACAUGUUAUGAAUGUGGCAUCCCUGGGCACCUCUCUUCUAAUUGCCCAAACAAGAAGGAUCCUGAAUUUAUUUCUGAUGAAAAGAACACUAAUGUUGAUUCAGCUCCUGCAUCGUCGAAGAAGAGGCGGACAUGUUAUGAAUGUGGAACUCCUGGCCAUCUCUCAUCGGCUUGCCCAAACAAAAGGACAUCAGAAUCUGUUCUGAACAACAGAGAGCCUGCUGACGCAAAACCUGCAACCACCAUCAAGCCCGAGGAAACAAAAGCUGGCGAUGAAUCGAAUUCAGUAGCUUCAAAGAAGAGGCGAAAAUGCUACGAGUGUGGCAUCUCCGGUCAUCUCUCCUCGGCUUGCCCCAGCAAAAAGGCCGCUGAGCCUGUCUGCAACGAAGAGAAGCCUGGCAAUCACUCAAACGCUGUACUACCAGUCGUUUCUGACGAAAAGAAGGCAAGUGAGGACGCAAAAUCUGCACCUGCAAAGAAAAAGAAGAGGCGGACAUGCUACGAGUGCGGCAUCGCUGGCCAUCUCUCGUCGGAGUGCCCGAACAAGGCAGCUGCUGUCUGCUGAGGGUUACGUUGCCUGAGCAAGGCAGACGCUGAGGUCAAACGAUUGCUUCUUUCGUUCUCCAGAAUUUUAGUCUCGUGUUGUACUGUAUGUUCCUUGAUAUGAGCAGUGAAGUUAUCUCUAUGUCCCCGAAGAAGAAAAAUCGAAGUUUUGUAGCAGGGAAUGUAGGCAUGGUAGACAAGGUUUAUUAAUUUUUGGCAUGUCAAAUUUUGAUUCCAUGAUACCACAGGAUUCAUUAUCCGUCGGGAGAAGAGUCAUUAUUGUCAUCAUCAUCUAUAUGAAUUCUUUUGUUUGAAAAAAAAACAAUGUGUGAUGGGCUUCA